AUGGCAAACAUAUUUAACGAGUUGUCAGAGGCAUCUAGUGAAAACGAUGACUACGAAGAAUCAAAUGAAAUAUAUAGGAGUAAAAUUCCUGAAAAUCUGAUCUCUAUAGAUACAAGUGAUGAAUACGAAGAUAAUGACGACAAUGAUAAAGAAAUACCACAGUCCGAUUUGAGUCUGUAUCCUUCGCUUCAUAGAAACGGAAAUGCCUACAGAACCGAAGAAGACUUUCAAGCUGAAAUCAAUCGUUUGAAAAAACAAAGCAAUAAUAGGUUCAAAUCUAAGUGGGAAGAGAUCUUGGAGAAGUAUGCACAAAUCGAUGACGGAAAAGAGAGCGAUGAAAUAGAUUUAGUAUCAGGUAAGAUAAUAACGGAUAAUGGACAUCUAAGGUCUCUUAGGACUGAUAUAAGUGGAAGCACGGAUGUGAAGUUUGACGGAGAUAUUUGGUCAGUAACGUACGAUUUGGAAAGAGAUAUACAUAAUAAGAAAGUCCAAGAAACAAGACUCAAACAGAAGAAGAAGGAACUAAAGCGACAGCUAAAAAAUCAAAAACUAUUCCAUAAUGUGUCUUUACAAUCAUCUCCUCUAAAAGGAGACGAUUUCACCCGUGGUAGCUCGUUCGCCCUGUCCUCCGAAGAUAAUUUAUUGUCGUUAAAUCCUUCCCCAACAAAGAAAUAUAAAGUAUCGCCUACGAAGAGUACUAGAUGUUCAAGUCCAGUAUUGGAUGAUGGCAUUUCACUUUUGACACCUACUAAAAGAAGAGCUCGUAUUCUUUCUAAUAUUUAUAAUGAGCAGAGCGUUCCCACAAAAUUACAUUUUGAUGAUAUACCACACCUUCGUGUAAAAGAUAAUAAUCUAGCUGGAAAAACUCAAGAGAAUCAAGAAAACCAUGAGCUGGCCAAUACUCCUUUUUUCGUACAAAAUAAUACACUACUUGAUAAUACAGGGUCCUUUGAAACCAAAAUUCAAUAUGACGACGAUGAUACUUCUAACACAGUAACCACUUCAGAUAGUAAAGGAUAUGCCGAGACGUCAGAAACUUCUGAUGUAGAAUCUGAUGACAAUAAGACUUCAAGACUUUCCACGUCAAACCAAUAUCUAAAUGAAAGCAAUAUAAAUCAGUAUAUCUCUGAAAGUGAAAGUGAUAGUGGUGAGUAUAGCUUGGAUUUCGAUGAUGAAUUCCUGAUUGUGACUGAUCCUUGUAUAUUUCCCUCAAGAGAGACAUCUAAUAAGAUAUAUGAUUGUGCCUUUGAACAUUGCCAUUACUGCACAGGAAACAAAGCACUAUAUCAAAGUCAUUUGUUGGAUAAACAUUCAAACUCACUACAAUUAUUGGGAUAUCCCAUUAAGAACAACAGUUUAAAUGAACUUAUGAAUAUUAAUAUUUCCCAAAACACUGUUAGAAAGUUGACUAAAUAUUUUCCAUUAGUAUUUGAAGUACCACGCUUACCUCUUUCUAAGAACAGCAAACCAUUUACUUGUGGAUUAAAUCUUGGAAACUCUAAGACUUGUCAAAAAUUUUUUGUUACUAAAAAUGACCUAAUUUUUCAUCGACAAAAUGCACCUCGUGAAUGCUCUUGCAAGAAGCAAGUCUUAAUAUGUCCUAUCUUAGGGUGUGGAUAUAUGACAGAUAUGGGUUAUUUGGAGUGGCGAUCUCAUUUCGUAGAAAAAAUGCACCAUCUUGAUCCAAAACAUAAAAUCAAUGAAAGACAUUCUAAGCAAGAAGAUUCGGCAAAUGAAGAGUCAAACCUUUCACAGUUGAGUUAUAUCCCAAAUCCAAACGAAGAAAAAACCGAAGAUGAGAUACCUAGUCAUUUUGAUAAAAUCAAUAUUAUUGGCUCGAAUAAUGUAAAUAAAGAUGUUUCUGCAAAGGCUCCUACUAUAUUAGAUGUUGUUAAUGAAAUUAAUGAAAUUUUUAGUGAUUCUGGGUCUGAUGAUUCCUUUAGUGACUAUCUCAGAGAUGACAAAAGCUUGGAAUUUGGUACCACGGAAACAAAACUGUUCGAUUCUCAGAGGUUAUACCGAAAUAAGGUGCCAAAUUUAAAGAUACAACUAAAUUUGAAUGAGGAUUUGCCAAAUCUAUUGGAUGAAGAUCUACAAACUGGUCAUGAAUCUAUAGAGGAAUUGUUUGAUGACCAAUAA